AUGUUUGAAGAAGUUAGUAAAGUUAAAAUAGUGAAUGUUUUAAGUGAAAGGUCUUUGGUGAAUUUGUUUCAUAAUUGUAACUGGGAUGCAUUCAAUCAACACGAAUUUAUUAUCAUUUCGCUGCAUCAGUUUAUUAUUAUAUUAUUGUUAUUAUUACUUGAAAGUGGUUAUUCCCAUGAAAGUGUUCCUAGUGAAGUUGGACAUCAUGAAGUGAAAGAAGGAACUAAUGCCGUUGAUGAUGAUGAUGAUGAUCAUGAUGACGAAACAAUAAAUGAAAAUCUCGAUGGGCAUCAUAUGAGGCAUUUUGAUCAUCCCAAUUAUUCACAUCACAGAACUUUGAAACGGAAACAACUUACUAAAAAAUUUUUCCCAUGGAAUUUUCGAUUCACUCGACCUAAAUCGCAAGAGAUUUAUGUCUUCAAUACAGAACGUUAUAGUAAUUGGUCCGAGUGGAAAGAAUGUCUACCAAUGGAAUGUAUUGAAAUACGUUAUCGUAAGUGUAUAGAUGACUCAUGGAAAACGCUAUCACCGAAUCUUAUUCAUACAACACGAUGUAUAUCAAAGUAUUAUGCUGAAAAACGUACAUGCUUGAAUAAAACUCAGUGUAAUGCAUACACUGGUGAUCAAAUCAUAAAAAAUUUGUCUGAUACAUGCGGUAUGCGUCCAAGUGAUCAAAAAGUUCUACCAAAAAUACUCGGCGGUAAACCAGUUGAACCACAUUCAUGGCCAUGGGCUGUUCGUUUGUCAGUAAAACUGCCUCGUCGAAAACCAGUUACUUUCUGUGGUGGUACAUUGAUUGCACCUCAAUGGAUUCUGACAGCAGCACAUUGUGUUCUUGUCGAGAAUAAGCAUAUCCCGGUUGGAAAACCAGUUCUGCUGGCAGAUCAUAUGAAAAGUACAAUCUACGCGCAUUUAGGUGAUCAUGAUAGAUUUCAUCAAGAAAAUGCACAAAUCGAUUAUCGUGUUACUGUUGCAAUACUUCAUCCAAAUUAUCAUAGAAAAUUACAAACUGAUGGUUAUGAUAUAGCCUUAUUACGUCUUUCAGAACCUGUUAAAACAAAACCUGAAAUCGAUUUUGCCUGCCUACCACCGAAAGACUUACACUUGAAUCCAAAUUCAAAAUGUUAUGCUGUUGGUUGGGGAAGUAAUAAAGGCGGAAAAGUUCCCACCUUCGAUAAUUUACACAGUAUCCUUGAAUCGUUAUUUGUACCAUUUCCAAGUUUCUUUAAUUCACCAUUCACAUUCGGUAGAGAAUCAAGUCUAUGGAAUUUAAAAGCAGAAGCAGAGGAUUCAGCUAAAGUGUUACAUGAAGUCCAAUUGCCAAUUGUACCAAUGGAAGAAUGUCGUAGACAUUAUGCUGAUAUCAGUUCUAAAGUUCAUAUUUGUGCAGGAGCUAAAAAUAAAGAUACAUGCGCAGGUGAUAGUGGUGGAGGUCUAUACUGUCAAUUAGGUGAUACAAAUCAAUGGUAUGUUAUCGGUGUCACCAGUUUCGGUUUAGCUCGUGGUUGUGGUUUGAAUCCUGGUGUCUACACGUCGACUUCAUCGCAUAUCGAAUGGUUAUCGAAACAGUUAGCAACAAAAGUGUUUAAAUAAUUAGUAAGAAGAAGAAGAGAGAAUAUGAAGAAAGAGAAAGAAAAGAUUUAUUCGUUCAUACACAUACACACACACAAACACACACACUUAUGAACACACAUAAUUAGUAACAAUGAUAAUUGUAAUCAUCAUCAUCAUCAUUAUCUAUUUGGUUAUUUAUUGUAACAAGUUGAUUACGCAAUUAUUGAUGAUUUUAUUUAUUAUUGAUUUAUGUAAAGAGAGAUUAGUACACUGCAUAAAUGUUGUUAACUAAUU